AUGGCAAACAAAUACCUUGCUUUGUUGUUGGUGGUGUGCCUUAUAGCCGCUGCAAGUGUUGAUGCCCAAGAAUCCAAAUGCCUUCACAAUUGUCUUCAAUAUGAAUGCAGCAAUGACACCACCUGGUGUAGGUUCAUUUGUAUGUACGCUUGUCUAGGAGCAGGGCUAUCAAAGCAAGGAGCACCAGCAGCAGCACCAUUACCAUCAAGGAAGGUUAAAGAGACAAUGCAAGAGCUUCAUUAA